AUGGCUCCUUCCUCGGGAGGCGUUGUGGGUGCUGAGCGGAAAAGGAUGAUGGAUUUGGCGGCCAUGGAGGCCGCGACGUCGAGUACUCAGCUGACCCUACCUGUCAGCUACAGAAAGUUCAGGGGAGUUGCGCCGCGCAACUAUGUUCUCAAAGCUAUGCUUGAGGGUGAGCAUGCUUCUAUCGAAGACUUCCUGGAAAGGCUCAAUGAGGAUGCAAGUGCAGUUGUGGGAUCGGCUGUGCUUGUGGAUGAGCUAUUUCGUGUACGUGAAGCCCUCGUUCUUCUCUGGACCGAGCAGCUGACAAAGCGGUGUGAUGGCGACCCCCCUUGGGUGGAGCGCCUCCAGGCGAUGGGACAUUUCCCAAGCACUACCCUGUGGUUUGCUGACGGGGACUUUGGCCUUGCUCCGGCGGAGGCCUAUCGCGAUGCAAGUGUCCAGCAGCAGCGGGGCAGCCGGGAGCAAGUGGCAGCAGCGCUGCCGCCUUCUGGUGGGCGACCUGGUGCUGGGGCGGACGCUGAGCUGGUGACGCAGCCGGCUGCUGGCGAGAUUGAGGAGGAUGCGGAGUUGGCUGGGCCUCCCGAAGUGGAGGCGACCAACCAUGGCGACGCUGCUCUUCCUUUGCAGCCGGCGACCAGAUGUAUUAGCGUAAGGGCCCCGACCCGAGAACCGCGAAAAAUCAAAGAAGAUCCGUGGAAGGACAAAGAGCCACCUAGCCCGGCCUCUCCCGCUCCCUGCCUCCUUGGUAACAUGUUUUCUAAGACCGGCCCGUUCGGGGCCCCCUCCGAGAGUGUGGACUUCCUCGGGGGCCCCCUGGGCGCCACGGCCCAAGGUGGCAGUGCGAUCGAGCAGAGCUGUGGAACGGAUUUUCUUGGCGGCCCCAUCUGGACGGUGCCGCAAGCGCAUGCAUAUCCUAGUGCCAGUGUGGAUCAUGUGCAGCCUGUGCAGCAAUCCCUUCCGUGCCUCCCGGUGUGUGUGCAAUUUGGGCUUCCUGCUCUCCAGCGCUGCUUUGCAUUCCUGCAAGGUGUCCGUGUGGGUGAGGCAAAGCACCCGGGUGCUGGAUGCCAUCCCCCUUUUCCCUCUUGGGUUCUAGGUCCUCCGCGCCGCCGGGCAUCUGCAGGCGAGCCGAUGCUUUCUGUGUGCCAUGACUGGAAGAGGGGAUGCCGCCUGGGCGAGGCCUCUCACCCUGGGCCUGGCUUCAACCUUGACCUUGGCAACCUUGGGGAUAGCCUUGGCGAUAGCAUCAUGAAGUCGAUCAAGGAGCAGAUCCAGAAGGCAGUUGACGAGGCAGUAAAGCAGGCCCUGGCGUCGCUCAAUCUCGGCCGGGGCUUGGCUGCUGCCCGGCCGUCCGGCGAUCCAGACGUGCAGCUCGAGCCAAAGGGCAGGCGCAAGAGGAAACGUAAGGCCAACCCAGGUGGCAACCCCGACGUUUCGGGCAGCGAGCGUGCUGGUGGCCGCCAGAGCGCAGCCAAAGGCAAGGGCAAGCCUGAAGACAAGUCUGGCCCAGCCAAGGUGGCCCAGCGCGGUGGCCCAGGCGACUCAGGUCAACGCCGGGGCAAGGGCAAGGGCGGCUGUGGUGAGGCAGGCGGGCAGGAAGCCGGUGAUGGCUGGCAGAUCGUCCGGCGCAAGGCUCCGGAAGGCGCCUUCAAGCUUCGAAAAUCUGAUUGGGACGCUCCGGUCGUCGAGUAUGCUGCCCUAGCUGAGUUCAUUGACAAGGCUGAUGCCAGCAAG